AUGUUCUUUUAUAAGUUUGUAGCAACAAGGUUCGAGGAUGCGAAGGCAGCACUAUUGCCCGGUGAGAGCGAAGAAGACUUCGACCCGCACGCACAUCGUGAAAUACCGAAACCAACCACUUAUUCGGAGACCAUGAUGCAUAUGCUCAAGGGAUGCCUGGGCGCCGGUUUGCUCGCUAUGCCCAACGCCUUCAAACGAAUGGGUAUCUUGUAUGGUACAAUCGGCAUGAUUUCUAUUGGUCUUUUUGCUACUUACUGCAUACAAGUGCUGAUACUGGAAUAUUAUGGACACUUUAUAACCGUGCGAUGGCUCAUUGUUUACACUUACCCUCCGCUGUUACUUCUGAGUCUUAUAAAGGAUUUGAAGCUAUUAACACCAUUUUCAACACUUUCAAACUUUUGCGUAAUGCUCGGAUUGUAUCUCGUCUUCUUUUAUUUGAUAGAAGAUGAACCUAUAAUUGAUGAUAGCAAAUUUGAAAUAAAAGGACUUGAAGAAAUUCCUGUCUUCAUCGGUAUCACCCUUUUUGCGUUGGAGGCAGUGGGUGUGAUCUUGGCGCUUGAGUACAACAUGGAGAGGCCGAGAGACUUUACGGGUAUAUGUGGGCUGUUCAGUAUCAGCAUGUUUAUCAUCAUCGGCAUUUACGUCGUUUUGGGGAUCUGCGGCUAUCUUAAAUAUGGGGACGAAUGCGAAGGAUCCAUUACGCUGAACUUGCCGCAAAAUCAGAAGUAUUAA